AUGGGUGGCGACCACAAAUGUCCACUCUGUUCUGCCACCUUUACACGCCCUCAGCAUGUCGGUCGCCACCUUCGUGCCCACACCGGCGACAGACCGUACGAGUGUAAAGAGUGUCCCCUGCGCUUUGCUCGAAGCGACCUUCUCUCGCGCCAUGUAAACAAGGCACACCCUAAAGCAAACGGCGCGCACGACAACGAUCGGAAGAAUGACAAGAAGAACCGCCGCAAGUCGCUGCCCACGCAGCCAAUGGUUCACAAUGUCGCACCCGCUCCGCCGCCAACUUUGGUGAGCACGUCGACUCUUGUUCCAGCACCGCCCGAGCCGACGCCGUACCAGGCUCAGCGCAUGUACCCCAACCAUCCGCUGCUGCAACAAAACCACCCCGCAUCGUGGUCGGCAACGCAGCUCGACCUGGGCGCAGGCGCUGGAGGCACCACCUAUGGUGUUGACAUUCCCGCCACGCAACUGGGCUCACUCGACUCCCAUUCGGCCAUUUCGUUUGGUCACCCAUUCGGUGCCACGACGAUGCACUAUUCCGGGUCUGAGCAUGGGUCCUCGACCUCGCCAGUCGCCUUUGGAUCGAGCAUGCCCUCGUCCUUAUCGUCCCUUGGGUUUGAGUCCAGUCUCAAGAAACGUGCCUGUGAUCAAUGCAAUCACUCAAAGUGUACCUACACCAAGCCACAGCGUGCCCGUUCUAUCGCCUACCCAAUCUCCGCGACCGUUGCCGGCCAGAUGGGUACCUCACCCACUGCUGGCGGCCUCGCUCAAUCUCCGACGGCUGGCUUCCACCCUUCUUCUGGUGGCAGCCCCCGUCUGACCCACAGCGUCUACGAACGGCGUAGCUCGGGCCCUGCUUCCAUGACCUUCCUGACCUCUGACGCGCUCUUUGGCGCCAACCGCCUCCAUGGCAGGCCUCCUGUUCCUGAUCCCCAGUGGGAGACCGCCCCUGCCCAAGGACGCCAGGGUCUCCAAGUGGCGACUGGCUUGGGCGGGCAGUUCAUCUCACAGUCUCCGACUUCUGGGGCCAUGGGUCUGACCCUCACGCCGACCCUCACCAACUCUACCAGCCCGACCACAUCAGAGAGCACCGACCGUCGUGGCAGCUCAAACAGUGCCAUGCUUGGUAGCUGGAGCCUGCCUCCAAGCGUCGUGAGCCAAGAGUCGGCCGUCAACUUUGUCAACGGCUACGUACCCACCUCGGACCAGUCAGGCCUCCCCACCGUUUUCCAGACCAACCAGCGGUUUGUUUGGCCAAACUCUGCCGGUGGAUUUGACCCUUCGACCCUUCCGUCUGGGUCAGCGCUCGCGGCUUCGGAGGAUGAAGAGACGCCGCCCGGUACUGCCAACGAGGACUCGGUCCCUCACCGCCGUCGCUCCAGUGCGGGCGUGUGGGCCAACGCUCUCCAGCAGAUGAGGCUCGACGACCCCACCACUGCUCCCGUCAUGCCGGUCGCUGAGCAGCAGCAGCAACAGCAGCAGAUGGGAAACUUCCAGUACCCGCCACGACACACGACCUUCCCGUUCCUCGAGAACGAGCUGCAGCCCAACAGCCGUCCCCCGAGCAGCUCGGACGGCCUCUGGAAGUACUUCCUCGAUCCCAUGGCUCUUGCCACGCCCGAGAAGAUGCCCGAUGUCGAUCUCGUGGACCUGGAGACGCCGCGUGGUCUGAGCAAGUCCAACUCAAUGCCCGACCUCACGACUCCCCCCAUGGACGCCGCUGCGUACCCUGCAUUCCCUGGUCCGCUUGACGGCUUCGCUCAUGCUCAUGAGCACGACCGUGACUGCAUGAUCGACCCCCGCGAUGAUGCCACCAUUGCAAAGUGGAAGGACCACAUCCAACAGCGCCACGCCUCGUUCAGCAUGAACCUCGACCCGGACCUCAAUGUGCGCACCAAGCAGCUCACAAACGCCACAUUUGCGUCCUCGACGAACCGACUCGUCCGCCCGCCCGUCCACAUCCUUCACUCGUCGGCCCUUGAUCAGACGCUGGCACCCGAGCGCACACCAAGCUUUGGCUCGCCUAUGAUUGACCAGAACGGCGCCCUCCUCACCCCCGGUGGCAACAUGUUCAGGAACUCGAGGACGCCCACCAAGAUGUUCAACCUGUACCACUCCAUGGAUGUGCGCCCUGGCAACAAGCGUCAGGCGAGCCAGACGCUCAUCAGCGACUCGCAGAAGCGCGGUUCCUUCUCUGCCUGGGCCGAUGACGAGGGCGGGCCAGACGACAAUAUUUCAACCCCCAACUCGCGUCGCGGGUCUGGUCCGGCGGCGGCCAAGACCCCCAACAUGCCCAUGGCGCUGCAGACAAGCUGGGUGUCCACAGACCCUUCGCGCGCGUCGUAG